AUGGUGACUUCUCAGGCGACUCCUGGGCCCACUGCUGAGAUGACUCCUCAAGUAACUUUAGGUACAGGUACGGUGACUUCUCAGGUGACUCCCGAGCUGACUCCUCAGGUGUCUUUAGGAUCCCUCUAUCCAAUUGUCGGAACAACAAGCACUCGAUCAGAUGAUGGAAGUUCUCCUCGAAUUCUGCUGCAACGACCUUUUGUUUACUUUGGAAAGCCUUAUAAUCAGAUUUAUGUGAACCACAAUGGACACCUGACCUUCAAUGCACCAUGGUCUAGUUUUUCACCUCAAAUGUUUCCAAUGUAUGGAUCCAGAGACGUCAUUGCUCCAUUCUGGACAGAUUUAGACAACAGAGAAAAUGGUCAGAUCAAUUACAACCAAUACACCAGCGGCAGUGUUCUCCAACAAGCUACUCAAGACAUCAAUGAGUACUUCCCAGGGUUGAACUUCAAUGCCGCCUGGGUGUUUGUUGCAACAUGGUAUGAGGUGGCCUACUUUCCAAUGACUGGAACACGAAUAACUGUCCAAGCAGUCUUGAUCUCUGGAGCCCAGUACUCAUUUGUGCUGAUGAACUAUGGGAUACUAGCUUUUACAACUUGCAAUGUACAGGCUGGAUAUGACACAGUCAACUCUACACACCAUUUCACAAUCCCUGGUUCAUUCUCGAGCUCUGCUACAGGCAGUAACUCAACUUUCCGCCUGAGCAGCAAUGUCAAUGUACCUGGACGCUGGGCUUUCCGGAUAGACAGUGGAUCAAGAGGCUGCACUUUCAAAGGUAAGAUCAGAAUUAGAGGGUGA